AUGUUUCAUUUUACUUUAUCAGUUAUUGUUAUAAAAUAUUUAGUAACUUCCUAUGUUCUUAGUGAUUUAAAAGUGCGAACCCAAUUGGUUAUUCUUUCUUUAUCUAUAGUAUGGUUAUUCUUCUCAAUGGGGAACCCUCUGAGAGCUAGCACAGCUUGGUUUUAUAAAAUUGCUAUAUUUGACAGGGAUAUAAAAGUUCUAGCUGAAAGCACUCUCAAAAUUUAUUUAAAAGUUAGAGAAAAAAUUAACUGCUGGGCGGGUAGCUUUUUUUAUGUAAAAGUGACAAUUUUUGAUCUCAGAUAA